AUGGCGCGGCUCCUCGCUCUCGACUUGGCUGCUUCCGUGAUACUCGCGCUGCUCUGCAGCUCGGAAGCGGUGAGCCUGGUGCCCAGUUCCAGCAAGACAACUGCCGGCAACGUCACUUUCAGCAAGCCCACUAACUUCCAGGUGUAUCACGUCUAUUUGGCUUUUGGAUCUCGUUGGAAAAGGGAGGACUACCCGAAAGCGGGUGACAUGAUUGAGAUUGAAAACGGGGGAUUCGUUCGUAGCAAGAAGCUCCCUUGGUUGUGCAAGCAUUUCGCUGUCAGAAUUCAAGUCCAUGUGGAGAAGUACAAUCCUGGUGGUGGUUAG